UAUCCGGUACCUAGAAAACAAAUUAGUCUUACAGUAGGUAAUGGUUUUCAAUAAAAGUGUCAGUAAUCGCAAUCACCGACAGAGGGUACUCGAUCGUUGCCACACUCCACCUUUGCAAAGAAGUGGGUUACUAGCCGGGCGGUGAUUGGUCAGUGGGGCCCAGUGUUCCACAGCUGUGAAACUUAAGGGAAAGUUUUUUUAAUCCGGGGGAAAGGAUGCUGGUGAAGUAUUCUGAUUUUAUAGGAGAAGCGAGAGGAACGUUUCCAUAGUAAUUUUCUCAUCGCCCGCUGCAAUUCUAUUUUAUUUCUAAGAACACAGUGCAGUACAGUGUAUAUUUCGGUAACUAAAAUAUGCGUUGACUGAGUUAAGGAGGGAAUAAAUGUACCCUGAUAUAGGUCGCUACGUACGUUUCGUUAUGGUUUAACGUAACAUCAUAACUUCAUUAAGAGUAGAGCCUAAUUGUUUUAUAUUUAUAUGCGCUUCAUUUGAAAUCGUUGUUCGGAAUUUCUGUCAGCGUGCACGAGCGUAUUCCAAGGGGAAAGAGAUUUUCUAUAGAAUGGGGAUGCUAAAUGUCCACAUAGCGAUAUUGAUUCUGGCGCUGUCAACUGAGGCGAGAGGCCCCCCCUGGGUGAGCCGGCUGGUGGAGGAGCGUCAGAUGGUGAAGCUGGGGCGGACGAUACGCCUGUCCUGCCCGGUGGAGGGCGACCCGCCGCCCCUGGUGCUCUGGGUGAAGGACGGGCGGAACGUGAUCCGCGGGUGGAGCCGCUACAGGCUGCUGAAGCAGGGCCUGAAGAUCAAGGAGGUGGAGCUGGACGACGCCGGCGUCUACGUGUGCCGCGCCACCAACGGCUUCGGCAGCGUCGCCCUCAACUACACCCUCAUCGUCAUCAAUGACUCUGCUGUGACCCAGAGUAAGCCUGAGCCAUCGUCAGUGGAGCCCAAUGCAGACCUCAGCCAACACAAUCCCUCUGGGCAGCCCUUGGUGAAGCCGCGGUUCAGCCAGCCCACGAAGAUGCGGCAGCGGGUGCUGGAGAAGCCGGUGGGCAGCUCCGUGCGGCUCAAGUGCCUGGCCAGCGGCAGCCCGGCGCCCGCCAUCACCUGGUGGAAGGACCAGACGCGGCUGCCCGCGCCGCGCCAGGCCAAGCGCCCGCAGUGGACCCUCACCCUCAAGAACCUGCAGCCCCAGGACAGCGCCAAGUACACCUGCCACGUCUCCAACCCCGCCGGGCACAUCAACGCCACGUACAAAGUGGACGUCAUCGAACGCACCAACUCCAAGCCGAUUCUGACGGGCACACACCCGGUGAACACCACGGUGGAGUUCGGCGGCACCACCUCCUUCCAGUGCAAGGUGCACAGCGACGUCAAGCCCGUCAUCCAGUGGCUGAAGAGGGUGGAGCCGGGCACGGAGGGGCGCUACAACUCGACCCUGGAGGUGGGCGGGCAGCAUUUCGUGGUGCUGCCCACGGGGGACGUGUGGUCCAGGCCGGACGGCUCCUACCUCAACAAGCUGGCCGUGGUCAAGGCCCAGGACGAGGACGCGGGCAUGUACAUCUGCCUGGGCGCCAACACCAUGGGCUACAGCUUCCGGAGCGCUUACCUCACCGUGCUGCCAGACCCGCAGGUGGAGAACACCGUGACGCCCCCCCACCUGAGCUCCGGCCUGCCCUGGCCCCUGAUCAUCGGCAUCCCGGCGGCUGCCCUGCUCAUCGUCGGCACCAUCGUGCUCUGGCUGUGCCACAGCCGCCGCCGGAACGGCGCCCUGCCCCCCCGCGGGCCCCCGCACCGCGACCACCACGCCGUCGACAAGGAUUUCGCCACCCCCGCCAGCGCCACCCCCGACUUCCCCAGCCAGAGACUGAUGGGCGUGGGCCCCCCCGUGCUAAACGGCCAGCCGAAGCUGUACCCCAAGGUCUACACGGAUGUGCACACCCACACGCACACACACUCGCACGCCCACGUGGACGGGAAGGUGCACCAGCACCAGCACUUCCACUACCAGUGCUAACCGGAGCCCCGAGGCCUUCGUCUCUUCAGCUACUGCCGCUCCCUUGAAUCUUUAACGGACUACAACCAAGGGACAGUCCCGCGCGUCGUUGUUAGCUUGUGUAAACUACAAUACCCAAGAUGCCACAGGGGGGAAAAAGUCACCUGAGCAGUGAGUAACUGCCACACAUGCGCAGCUCUGGGGGUGACACUUCUGGACAGCUUUGGACAGUGUUACUGAAGUACCCGCUGUCUGCUUUGGAGGAUAAUGGGGGGACAAAAUGCUUUGAAAUGUCUCAGGACUGGGGACGAAUUCUCACGUACAUUUUUCUUGCAGUUCAUAAUGUACGUUCUUCGAUCAGCUGAGACGACACACAAAUGAUCAGGGGGUGUUUUUUAAGAGACAAAAUUGUAUAAAACACCGCCUGCCCCACUCCCACAUAUUACCAUAUGUAAAGUGUACAUAUAUAUUUUAAUUAUGAAACGUUUGUGUAUCCAAAGCAGAAAAUAAUAUAAGGAUUAGCGUAUAAGCUUUUGUAAACUGGAAGCUGCGACUGUGACAAAUCUGCUGACCUGUACCAGCGUUAUUGUUUACAAUGUGUUGUCCUUAAUUGUUUAUAGUGGUACAUGAGCAACACAAACUGUGGUGCUUGGAUUUUUUUUUUUUGUAUUAAUAUACAAUAUUAUUUCAGGAAGAGACUAUGCAAUGCGUGCAAGGUUUGUCAGGGAAAUUGGAUGAAUGAGUGAAAUGAUGAGUAAAUGAUAAGGGCAUUUUGUUGUGUUUCCAUAAAAAUCUCGUUUAUUCUUUGCAUCUUUAUAUGUCUGAUAAAAGCAGUAUUACCAAAUAUGUGUACCCCGUGUGUCACAAAAUGCCAUUUUCUCUUAUACCAAUGGUAGAAAACAUGUAUGUAUGACUCAUAUUUUGUAAGGUUUUUUUUUCCAUAUUUAGGACAUGAACUGUAUUGUAUUUUUGUAUCUGUUGUUCAGUCAUGUACAGUAUUGUACAUGUACUGUAUUAUAUUUGUAUCUGUUGUCUGUAUUAACUAGGAUUGGCUAGAUGGACAUAUUUUGCGCAAAAGCUGUCAUGGAUGAAAUCAGUUUUGGUCCUUGUAGCCGAAUGAGUAACACAGAAAUGAUUUCCACUAUAUUGAAUGCUAAACUUUAUUCAUUUUAUGAAUGGACACAAAGGCAAAAGGCAAAUCUUACAGCUGCUCAUUGUACACAUUAUGUAACCAAUUUAUUCUACCUUUUUAACUUUUUUGUGUGCUUUAUUGGAGUAAUUAUGGCAACGUAUUCUGUCCAGGAGUACAGCAGCUAUGCCUUAUCCCGUACUCAAACCAACAACUCAUAGAUAAAGAAUUUAAUGCCCAAGUAUUCAUAAUUAAUUGUUGUCAAUAAUUGUUGUCUUACAAGUGGUUUGUAAACAUGCACAGUCUCACUGAGAAACAUUGCAUGCUGCAAUCUUAUUCUGGUGCUCAGACAAGAGCAUUAGAUAAGAAAUAUUUUUCUAAUAAAAAUAUUGAUUUUCUUUA